AUGUGCGGCUCCUCCAAGGCCGCAAUCCUCCUUCGCCUCGUUCUCGCUUGUGCAGUCUCUGCACUCGUAGUCUUUGUGUCCCUAUGUUACUGGAGCAUUUUCGGUGUGAACCUCUCGCCGCAGGCGGAGGAGUUCCGGGAUUCAUGGGAUUCGUGCGUGACGCAGCGCGCGGGCCAUCUGUUCAAGCUGAACAUGCUGUCGGACCUGCAUUCGCAGAAGUGCACGAAUCUGGUUGAAGCCGCCGUCGCCAAAGGGGAGGCUUUGAUGGCGCGCGGGCGGGACCUGCGCAAACGCGGGGAGACGGAGGUUGCGGACGGCUGCGCGGUGAAGUACGACGCGAGCGCGGAUCCGUGGGACAGCCAUCCGCUGCCUAGCGACAUGUUCUCCCAGUCGGGUUGCAAGCUGGAGUGGGUUAUUUACUCCUCGGAAUGCGGGGUGAACAUGGUGCGCCUCGCGGAUUUCGCGCACAUGGCGGGCAUCAGCUUCUCAAUCAUCGGAAGCCGCCAGCCCUGGACGGGCCAAGGCGGCCGCCUGCGCGCCAUCCGCGACUUCCUCGCGGCGCUGCCGCGCGAUCGCGUCGUGAUCACCACCGACGCCGACGACGUCUUUCUCAUGCCGCACCCCAAAUGCCGCCCGCAAAACUUCCUCGACGCCUUCUUCGCGCUCAACGCGCCCGUUGUUUUCGGCGCGGAGAUAUUCUGCUGGCCGGAUUGGAAGAAGCUAGAGCCGUACUUUCCUCAUAAAAGAAAUUCGUCCGUGAAUCGGUUUCUUAACGCGGGAGCGUAUGGCGGGUACGCGUGGGCGCUGGCGGAGAUCAUCGAUCUGAUCUACGUGCGCGACUGCAUGCAGGACCAGCGCGGGUUCAUCCUCGCGUUCCUCGCGCAGCAGUACCUCUUCCGCGACAUGCCGCUCGCGCCCAACCCAGACCCCGCCGCCGUGCGCGCUUCGUGGGAAUCGCCGAGCGACGUGGCCGAGGCGGUGCGCGCGCAGGCGGAGGCGGCGAAGUCGGCGAGCAGAGCGGCGUGGCGGAACAACCGCACGGUGCUGUACGACUCCGAUAUGUCGCCGUUCCACCGCCUGCCCGCCAAGCCAAAGCAGCGCGUAAUGGACGAAGCGAGGCGAGCGGGGCACAGGAACGCGGCGGCGGUAAUGGCGGCGCCGUUCAUUAAACUGGACCAUUACAGCUCGCUGUUCAUGCACCUGGGUGGACUCAAGUGGGGCAACUUCACGAUUCUGGGUACAGGGGAGCAGGCGCUGGUGCGACAGGUUAUUUCGGGGGGUGAGGCAUGCAUCUUGCACCAGCAGGGGAAUAAGCUCACCAAUAUCUCCAUGACGCAUAUAAUGAAGGAGACCGGGUUGGAGGAGCUGAGAGAGGCGAAAGGUUUAAUCUCCGAUGUUUACCGCCUGUGCUGCUCCUCCAAGAUCGCGAUCGUCCUUCGCCUCGUUCUCGGAUGCGCUGCCUUUGCACUCGUAGUCUUUACGUACAUCUGCUAUUGGACCAUGGUUGCCACCAACCUCUCGCCGCAGGCGGAGGAGUUCCGGGAUACAUGGGAUUCGUGCGUGACGCAGCGCGCGGGACAUCUGUUCAAGCUGAACAUGCUGUCGGACCUGCAUUCGCAGAAGUGCACGAAUCUGGUUGAAGCCGCCGUCGCCAAAGGGGAGGCAUUGAUGGCGCGCGGGCGGGACCUGCACGAACGCGGGGAGGCGGAGCAGCAGGUUGACGGGUGCGCGGUGAAGUACGACGCGAGGGCGGAUCCGUGGGAUACCCAUCCGCUUCCUAACGACAAGUUCUCCGAGUCAGGUUGCAAGCUGGAGUGGGUUAUUUACUCCUCGGAAUGCGGAGUUAACAUGGUGCGCCUCGCGGAUUUCGCGCACAUGGCGGGCAUCAGCUUCUCUGUGAUCGGAAGCCGCCAGCCCUGGACGGGCCAAGGCGGCCGUUUGCGCUCCAUCCGCGACUUCGUCGCGGGGCUGCCGCGCGAUCGCGUCGUGAUCACAACCGACGCCGACGACGUCUUUCUCAUGCCGCACCCCAAAUGCCGCCCGCAAAACUUCCUAGACGCCUUCUUCGCGCUCAACGCGCCGGUGGUUAUCGGCGCGGAGAUCUACUGCUGGCCGGAUGGGAAGAAGCUAAAACCGUACUUUCCUCUUGAAGCCAACCCGAACAGGCCAAGACACUCCGUGAAUCGGUUUCCUAACGCGGGCGCUUAUGUCGGGUACGCGUGGGCGCUGGCGGAGAUCAUCGAUCUGAUCUACGUGCGCGACUGCAUGCAGGACCAGCGCGGGUUCAUCCUCGCGUUCCUCGCGCAGCAGUACCUCUUCCGCGACAUGCCGCGCGCGCCCAACCCCGACCCCGCCGCCGUGCGCGCCGCGUGGGAGUCGCCGAGCGACGUGGCGGAGGCGGUGCGCGCGCAGGCGGAGACGGCGGCGUCGGCGAGCAGAGUGGCGUGGCGAACCAACCGCACGGUGCUGUACGAUUCCGCUAUGUCGCCGUUCCACCGCCUGCCCGCCAAGCCAAAGCAGCGCGUGAUGGACGAGGCGCGUCGCGCCGGGCACAGGGGCGCGGUGGCGGUGAUGGCGGCGCCGUUCAUCAAACUGGACCACUACAGCUCGCUGUUCAUGCACCUGGGGGGACUCAACUGGGAUAACUUCACGAUUCUGGGUACAGGGGAGCAGGCGCUGGUGCGACAGGUAAAUUCGGGGGGGGAGGCAUGCAUCUUGCACCAGCAGGGGAAUAAGCUCAAAAAUAUCUCCAUGCCGUAUAUAUUCAAGGAGACCGGUUUGGACGAGCUGAGAGAGGCGCGAGGGUAUGUUCCCUAA